UUUGACUCGGAAAUCUUUCAAGGAGUCUCGUUCGACGUAAAGAACGCCACCAACAACACCCUUGCCGAGAUUGAAGCUCUUCCAGAGGUUGCCAAGAUUUGGCCCGCAGCAUUCUUUCACCUGCCGGUUGAAGGGUCUGCUGCUGUUGCUGACCCCGAUUCGCGACUUAAGUACCCUGCUUGGAGUGUUCACAACGACACCAAUGUGGCUGCCAUGCACCAGGCUGGUCACUUCGGCGAAGAUGUUGUCAUCGCAAUCGUUGAUUCAGGCAUUGACUAUACCCAUCCCGCUUUCGGUGGAGGAUUUGGUCCAGGCUACCGGGUCGAGGCAGGCUAUGAUCUUGUCGGUGAUGACUAUGUGGCUGGGGGUGAAUACAAGCCCGACGAUGACCCCAUGGACUGCCUGGGCCAUGGAACUCACGUUGCUGGAAUUGCGGCGAGUGGGGACUCCUACCUCCCCGGCGUGGCACCCAAAGCCCGUCUUCGUGCUUACAAGGUGUUUGGCUGUGGUGAUGGCACCUACGAGGAUACCAUCGUGGCUGCGUUUAUCAAAGCAUACGAAGACGGUGCUGAUGUGAUCAAUGCGUCUCUUGGUUCAAACAGGGGGUUUCCGGACAGUCCAACAGCCCUUAUCGCGUCGACGAUUGCAGCAGCUGGGGUUCUGGUCGUUUUUGCUGCCGGUAACAGUGGCGCCACGGGCCCCUUCUACACGAGUAGUGGCGGCAACGGCGUUGGAAGUCUUGCAGUUGGCAGUGUUCAAGCCGAGGAUUGGGUUGCAUAUCAGUUCACAGCGACUUCUUCUAGCGGAGAGACCCGAGAGAUUCCCUAUCUCAGCGACACCUUGAAGCAGUUCAACUUGAACGGCACUUUCGCGGCUUUCACUCGUCCCGACGUUCGAGAGCAAACUGCAUGUACCUGGGACCAGCCCACUGGGCCCAAAGACUCUGUAAUGGUCAUUCCCAAGGGAACAUGCGGAUGGCAAAUCCAGGACUCGAAUGUCAUCGGCAAGACCAACAGCGUCCUGUAUAUCCAGACAGAAACUGGCCUUAGAAGUGAUGCGACUGACAGUCUCUUCAACACAGCUGCUGUCAUCCUGUACGAAGACGGUGACUGGAUCAUGAGCCAGGUUGAGGGUGGCUACGAUGUCACAUUUGAAUUCAUUCACAACAACCAGGCCAUUUCUAUACCUCGGUCUGGCUUUGCAGGUGGAAGAAUCAAUGAUUUCAGCUCCUGGGGACCCACUCUUGAUGCCAGGAUGAAGCCUGAAAUCUCGGCCCCUGGUGGCUCCAUCCUGUCUACCUGGCCGGUGUCUUCGGGAUCAUGGGCAACCUACUCGGGCACUAGUAUGGCAAGCCCAUAUAUUGCGGGAGUCGGUGCUCUCUUCUUCGGUUCCCGCGGUGGACGCUCUGCUCUGGGCCCUAAAGCUGCCCAGACGGCUGUCGAGCGUAUCAUCGCGAGUGGAAGACUGGUCCAACACAACGAUGGAACCAGCAACCCUGCGUCUAUUGUCAGACAGGGGGCAGGAAUCGUUGAUGCUGCCUCUGUCAUUCUGUCUGGCACCUCUGUCAGUCCAGCAAACUUGAACCUCAACGACACGGUUCACUUCAAACCCUCUCACGAAGUAGUUCUCACCAACUCCAACGACGAGACCGUCACAUACAAGGUGACUCAUGAGGCGGGUAUCACCAUACACACCAAAGGAAACGGGGAUGCCUGGGUCUCCAAUGAGCCUUCGUACUCCAGUGACGAGGGUGAAGUGGCCACAGUUUCGCUCUCUGAUGAUACCUUCACCCUCGGUGCCGGCGAAUCUGCUACUCUCCGCCUUGAGUUUGUCGAGCCAGCGAGCGUUAGCGCCAGUUAUCUCCCUGUCUACGGCGGCCGCAUCCUUUUCGGGGGCUCGAACGGCGAGGUUGUUUCUGUCACCUAUAUGGGUAAUAUAUACGGAAGCGACACCUGGGAAAUGCAUCGAGGGGUUCCUAUGUGGCUUAGUGGAUAUGGUGGUUUGAUGGAAGAGGGCCACGAGUACUCGUUGGAGCACGACUCGGAUGUGUUCCAGCCCUAUUUCAACAUCCUGUGGUCCACUCGAGAGAUUGGCUUUGACGUAAGAUUUGGGGAUUGGGAGCCCAGUGACUGGGUCUAUCCCCCUGUUGCUGGCAAGAACAACUGGAUUGGCUCGGUUCGGACUCGGCCCAGUGGUCUCAGUAAUGAGAUUAUCAACUUCCCCCUGGUAAACUAUCCUCGGGUCUCUGGUGCGUUCUAUGUGGCAUCUCAGGGAUACUUUGCCAACGGCUCCUCGAUCCCUGAUGGCGAGUAUCGGCUCCUUGGCCGAGCAGUCCGUACCUUUGGAGACAUGAACAACCUCGACGACUGGCAGUACGCGCUUUCACCGUGGUUCACUGUCAAA